UCACUCCUUCCUGUUAGCUUGAUACCGGACAGGUUACUAUGGUGCUCGAGUAUUUAGCUAUUUGAAUGACUACAUUUCUUAACACAGCACAUAUUUUCAUGGCUGUCUCUUCUCCCGUGGGUGCAGUGGAUGUCAGCCCGCUGGGCUAAUAAGAAGGUGUCUUGGAGGCUUGAUGCUGUCCACCCCUGGCCUGCCCUGUGCCAAGUGUCAGCAUGGAUGAAGAAACCCUUGAGGCAGCCAUCAGUGCCUAUGGUGCCCAGUUGCAGCAGGUGGAGUCAGCCCUGUCAGCUGGCCUGGACCCCUCCCACCAGUCAGACCUGCUCAAACUGAAAGAGGACCUUUGUCAGCUGAUAGAGCUCACAGAGUCCAGCCUGGUGUCUGUCAAAAAGAGUCGGCUUCUGGCCAGCCUGGAAGACUGGGAUGGACUGCAGGCGAACACCUCAGUGCCAGCAGCUGACACAAACGGUGCAAACGGCGGAUUGGAUGGUGAGUUGGCGGAUUUCUACUCCAAACUCGGGGAGUCAUCCGGUAGUAGCUCUGAUCCUAGAGAUAGAGACAAUGAGGAGGAAGAUGGGGUAGAGUACGAUGAAGAAGAGGAGGAGGCAGAAGAAGAAGAGGAUGCACUCAGCGGUACCAAAGUAAGGGCGCCCUACCGGACAACAUGGGGGACACUGGAGUAUCACAACGCCAUGGUGGUGGGGGCAGAGCCGUCUGACGGAGAGGAGGCACAAGUAAGAGUGCUCUACGUCUGCCCCACACAGAAGUCUAUGAAACCGUGUCCGUACUUCCUAGAUGACAAAUGCCGCUUCCUGGAGAAUUGCAGGUUUUCCCACGGCGAGGUGGUGCAUGUGUCGGAGCUCAGAGAGUUCCUUCAGUUCGACCUCAGCAAUCUUGAAGAAGGCUCCUCGUGCUUGGCUCGACACGAGGACGGAAUCUGGUACCCGGCCAAAAUCAAAGAAAUUGACAGUGGUUUCUACACUGUGAAGUUUGACUCAGUGCUGCUGAAAGAUGUUGUGGUCGAGGCCGACUGCAUUAUCCCGCCUUUGAGAGAGGACGACCCGCUCUCCUCUGACUCUGACCUGGACGACACUGGAGAUGGACACGAUGUGGCUUUUGCAAGAGUAAUGGACACUGCUGAAGAAUCCACAGACGCAGUAAACAGUGCAAAUUUUGGUGGCUGGGAGGCCCAUACCAGAGGCAUCGGAUCCAAACUCAUGCUCAAAAUGGGCUAUGAAUAUGGGAAAGGCUUAGGAAAGAUGCAGGAGGGUCGAGUAGAGCCAGUCAUGGCCGUGGUCCUACCCAAACGCAAGUCUCUGGACCAGUGUGCCGAGCUCACCCAGAGACGCACCCAGAGCAAGGCCGCCCAAGACGGCACGCCGACGGGGCGCCCAAAGAGACGCAGGAAGCCUCGGGCCCCCACCGGAGGGCGCCGUACUGUCUUUGACUUUCUCAACCAGAAGCUGGAAGGCAAGAGCACCGGUCCCGCCAAAGAGGGUGCUGCUGCGCCGUCGGCGGCGACGGGGGUGGAGGCUUACAGGGGGGGGAAAAGCACCAAGAGGACUCUGAAUGUGAAGCUGUUCCAGGCUGCGGAGAGGGUGUCCCAGACCGAGAAGGAGAUCCAGAAACUGAAUGAGACACUCAGCAGACAGACGGGCAGGGACUCCUCCAGAGUGAAGCAGCUGGAGGAGAAGCUGUCAGCGGCCCGUCGGCUGCUGGGCCAGCAGAAAGCCCAGGAGAUGUCCAUCCAGAGAGAGCACAGGAAGUCAGACACGCACAAGAAGAUGACUGAGUUUUAAGAUCAGUUCUCUGGAAAGACUCUGAGGAUACAGGGAAGCACUGCCUGCCUGAAAUGAACUUUUGUCCCUUUACCUGCUGUCAGUUUUUUGCUAUAUAUUUUUUAGCAUUAUUCUUCACCGGCAUCAUGGAUUUGACAACGCUGUGAUGCCCAUUUUAUGCAGAAUGCAGCAUUUGCUGAACAACAUUUCUGCUACUCAUUUAACAUUUUCGGGGACUGAGCAGUUUAUUUUGUGCAAACAAUUGUUUUGGUUCCUAAUUGGACACUUCACAAUAAUGUUCCAAAGUAAAUUUUAUUUGUGAUGAGCAUCUUAUGUAUUUUUUCUUCUUCAGUACUAAAAAUCCUGUGUUUGAAGGACCUACUGUGCAAUUUUCAUUCUUUUUCAACCAUACACCCAAGUACCACAUUUUUUAUGUGUUCUUUUGUUUUACUUUUCGGGGAGAGUUUUCAAUAAUUCUAGCCAGAAACUGUUCCAAAGGUAACUGCAGUAUACCUUUGCUCGGAUUUCUGACUGACUUUUAAAUUCCAACCUCGGGAGUUUGGAGACCUUUACACAGUUUUGAAGUGAAGCCCAUCCAUUCGCCCACGCCUCUUACCAGCUCGUACACAGCGUCUUUUGAAGCUACGACCAUAACCCCUCUAUUAAAUAAUGAAUUUGGAGAGCACCUUGUUUGCUCGUUGAUCCGACACACAUUGUCCGUAGGCGGCGGGUGGGUUGAGUAGUGACUGCGUCUUCCUUGCUGCCUUCCACACUCUCAAGUAAAGGUUUCAGCUCAGAUGUUAGAUAUCUGUAGAUAAGGUCCUCCUUAUGAACAAUUUCUAAUCUGAAUGUGAUGCUCCAUGAUAACAGGGCUAAAUAAAAAAGAAAUA